AUGGUCAAACAUUGUAUGAUUUGUGGCAACGUCGAAGGCGUGGAUGGCGUUUCAGUGCAUGGUUUUCCAGCAAAUGUCGAUCGGAAGCGUCAAUGGGUGAUGUUCACCGAGGACAAUGGUGUCAAUGCUCGACAGAUAUUGGCUCACUCCAAGCUCUGUUCAAGGCAUUUUGUUGCCGGUCAUGAUUACUACGGAGGAGCCGUACAUCGCCGUCGACUAACUGUUGGAGCAGUGCCGUCAGUAGUGCUUGGGGACGUCGAGAUGGAAGAAAGAGAGCACGUGGAGGUCGUCGGCGUCCCAGUGGAGGGUGUGGAGUACGUGGAAGUCGUUGGCGUCCCAGUGGAUGUAGGGGAUGAUGUGGAAGGAGUAGAGGUGGUGGAGGACAUUGAAUUUGUCGAGGUCCUGAUGGAAGGUGUGGAGGAAGUGGAGGACGAGGUAGUCCAGAUGGAAGUGGUAGAGGACGAGGUGGUCCAGAUGGAAGUGGUGGAGGACAUGGAAUUUGUUGAGGUCCAGAUGGACGGAGGGGAUGACGUGGAAGUGGUAGAAGUCCAGAUGGACGGAUGGGAGGACGUGGAAGUGGUAGAAGUGCAGAUGGACGAAGUGCAAGCGGAACUGGAGUUUGAGGACAUGCUCGACGAGUUGCAGCCAGACGUCGACGAAGAGUUCCGACCACUUGCCGUGGAUGAACAACCCCGAGGGCGUGCGCAAAUAAUUGACAGGCAGGCAGGCGUGACACACCCGCUUCCAGAGCGGCACAACGCGGGCGCGUUAAACAGAAUCUGCACACAGUGUAACGCCCGCCACUUCGAAGGCGAGGUUGUGGGCCGGGAUGCCAAUAGGCACUUCUCCACUUGCUGUAACAACGGUCAAGUGACCGCUGCAGGACAACACGCGUUGUUGCCCGCCCCUUUUUUACUAAUGAGUUUGUUGAUUGGAGAUUCACAGGAUAGUCGUAGAUUCCGAGACGACAUUCGCCGGUACAACAACGCCCUGGCAUUCGCUGCGUUUAGCUGUGGCACAAACGACAGGCGUUUGCGAGGGCGUGGACCGCGAACGAUGUGUAUCCAAGGCCAAACUUAUCAGAGGAUAAAUAAUGACGUGGCCGUUGACCGAGUAGAUGCCAACUACUGUCAGUUGUAUUUCCUCGAGUCCGCAGAGGCCAACACCCGCCGCGUUGGGAUGGCUCUGCAGAGAAAUCAGCGUGAACUGAACAUGCGUGAGGUGUGGCUGGCAGAAAGAGACCUAGCCGAUGCCGAUCCCGCAGGUGUGCGACCUAGGCCAGUGACGAUGCAUUUUGUCCGAGAUGCGGCCCGGGACGACGGGCGAAACAACCUGCCUACCGCAAACGAAGUUGUGGCCGUGUUCGUAGGUGAAGGGGGUCGUCCGCCAAGAGACAUUAAUCUGGUCAUCUACGAUACGAAUCCAAUCAACCCGCAACACAGGAUGCAAACCAUACCAGCGGGGUCGUGUCACUCGGAUCCGAUGUUGUAUCCGCUGUUUUUCCCGUACGGCGAGGCCGGUUGGCAUAACGGGAUGUUGCAAGCGGGCAACCGACGAAACAAUGUCCGCAAUCGCAACAGUAUCAGAGAGUUUGCGUGCUACCGUUUGGCUGUUAGAUAUCAGGGAAAUAACGACCAAAGGCAUGAACUGUUUAGUUUAUUACAUCAAGGUCGGUUCUUGUUGCAGAUGUAUGUGUGCGACCAGUAUGUUCGAAUGGAGUCGAACAAUCUGAACUACAUACGUUUGCACCAGAGGGAUCUCCUCGCCGAAGCGUAUCAAGGGCUCAUGGACCAUGUGAACCAACAGCUCCACGUCGAUCCCAUGGCGGUCGGGCGUAGGGUCAUAUUGCCGUCGACGUUCACGGGUAGCGACCGAUUCAACAAGAUGAAUUAUCAAGACGCCAUCACCAUAGUGCGUACCAAAGGGAAACCCGACCUGUUCAUAACGUUUACGUGCAAUCCCAGGUGGCCAGAGAUCACUGAAAACCUGGCUGCCCACAGCACGGCAAGCGACAGGCCGGACCUGGUGGCCAGAGUGUUCAACAGGAAGCUACAGGAGCUAAUAGAAACGUGGUCUGCCCCAUGCGCAUAUACUGAUAAUCCUGGCAGAGGACUGUAA